AUGACUAUAUUGAAAAACCUUGUAAAUACCUGUAAGUCUUGUGGAAUCACUCUUCAAUCCACAAACAAGCUACUACCGGGAUUCCUCCCCCUUAUAAAGCAUAAAGCAUACCAGAAGUCCGAAGAUGUGGUGUUCAACAAAUAUAUUUCCAAACUCAAUCCUGAAGAUCUCAGUCUUCUUAACUAUGACAAGAAGCUAAUACCUCACCACCAUAAAGAUGCUCAAGAAGCUAAGGAAUGUUUGAGAUGUAGAGACAUCAAAUACAAGAAUAAGUUCACAGAAGAGACAAACAUCACACCAGAAUUCCCUGAAAUCAAACUCCACAAAGUCAUCUAUGUCAUCUCAGCAGUGGAAUUCCCGCUAAAUUUAAACCGUCAUUACUUAAACCUGGAAUCCAUGGUGGUGGUCAAUAAGAUGGACAUGUUGGUGGCCGAUGCUAAGAAACUUGACAGUAUCACUUUCUUCAAGAGUUAUUUACACAAAAACUAUGGGGUUAAACCAGAGAACGUUUUUUUGGUCAGUUGUAAUAAAAUGUUCGGUAUCAAUCGGUUAUACCAACACCUUUCGGCUCAAGCUACCAUCCAAGAUUAUCAACUUGUCGGAGAUAUCAAUAGUGGGAAAUCUUCGCUUAUAUCCUCUUUAAUGUACCAACAAAAAGCAGACUUUCGGAUAUCCCCGUCAAAGUUUAAAUUAUCAAAUGGACCAGGUAUAAGUGAUUUCCCAGGGUUUACUCGUAACCUUAUCAACUUCAAUCUUGAAAAAUUCCAGAUAAAUGACUCCCCCGGGUUUAACCAGUUCAGUCUUCCUGAUUUCCAUAACUUCAAGAAUGUCUUCAAAGGAGUAAAGAUGUAUAAAUCCGGUCUUUAUAAUCACAAGUACGUUGGUAUUAAUGGUCCACAUAUCCUAUCAUUUGCUGGAGUGUUCUAUAUCAAGUUCCCUCAAGGUGUCUUCCAGUACAAGAAUCUCAUCAACAUCCAACCGAUAAGAGUAUCAAAUCUCGACAAAUUGAAACAAUGGCAGGAAACUUACGAUACCAACAAUUCCUUAAAACAUCAGCAUCUCAUCCCACCUACCACCGACUUGAAGAAAUAUGUUGUACCACCAUUUAAUGGGAAAAUCGAUUUGGUGGUGAAAAAUUUCGGUUACUUGGAAAUCACUCCUACGGGGAAGAAAUCCAAUGACCUUAUUGAAAUUUAUCUUCCCUCCCAUCUCAAUGUGGAUAUUAUCAUCCGUAAACCUUUGGUAAAGUUUAUUUAUAAGUCCUUAAGUGGAAUCGAUAAAUACGGAAAUCCCUUAAAACGGGAAAAUCUUUUUAAAUCCACAAAGACAGUUACGGAAUACGACGGGAGUUUAUUUCAUUCCAGGUUAAUUCCUGUUAAUGGUGAUAACUUCCAAGCCAUCAAGGAGUUCACUGGUAAAGACUAUAACCAUGAUAGUGAAGUGAAGAAUGGUAAUUAUUGGAUAGGUUAA